AUGACAUGCAAGGCCUGGGAUAGCUGUUGCUGCAAUGGACUGCCCCGGCUAUUGAGACGCAGGGAGGGCCAGGAAGGCAAGGAGAGGAAGUUGGGCAAAGCCGGCAAAGAGCCGGAUGAGUUGACUGGAGUCAACACAGUCAACACGUCCCCCGAGGAUUCCAACGAAUCCCACACCAGCGGAUUUCUCUCGAGGCCCGAAGCCUGCCCGAUCGAGGUACAGCCACACAACAUUGCCCGCUACAGUUUGCCCCAAGAAUGCUUGUCCUACAUCCCCGAGGAGGAGGCAGUGGUGAUGCGCUUCGCCAACGGGGACAAGGAGCGGCUGAUCUCCAGCAACGUGGAGCUCUCGAAUGAGGAGCUUGCCUGGCUAAAGGCCUUGCGGAAGGAGGCAGAGCGGCAGCAGAAGGCGUUCUUCCCCUCCGUGGCGGUGGCUGCCGUCCGCUUCUUGGGCGAUGCCCGGGGAGAUGUGGAGCAAGCUCUGAAAGACAUGGAGGAGAACCAGCGCUGGCGUGCCUCCUACUUCCCGAAGCCGUUGAGGGACACUGAGCUGCUGCCGGACCUCGCACAUGGUGCCGUGUACUUUUGCGGCCGGGACGUUGCGUUGCGACCGGCCCUUGUGAUGCGCGCUGGACGAGUGCCCUUCUCCUGGGACCCCCAGCGCUUUGCAAGGCUGUUCGUCUUCUGUGUGGAGUACUUCCUGCGCUACAUGGCGGUGCCCGGCAGGGUGGAGAACAUUUGUGUCAUCAUUGACUUGAACGACCUCUCUUAUCGUCACAUGGCCAUUCCUGCCCUCAUGGAACUCAAGGAUGUUUUCACAAACCAGAAUGCCGGGCGUGUCUUCCGCUUCUAUGUGUGCAACAUGCCUUUCCUGGUUCGGGCGCUGGUGAAUGUCGUCGAGGCGGCGAUGACAGAAAGAGCCCGGCAGAAGAUCUGCUUUGUGAGCGACGUCGCGCAGCUGAAGGAUGACUUCGCCUUGAAUCAGCUCGAGAAAGACCUUGGCGGCACGCGCGAGCUUGCCGACUCCUUCUUCCCCUUCCCGCUUCCCCCAGGACCCUUCACAGCUGGGUCUACAGACUCCAACGAGGAAGCUGUGGGCGGCCUCCAUCAGAUCCUGACGCAAGUUGGGGUGCGUGGCCGAUUGUGGGACCCUGCUCAAAGCAGAGAGUCCAAUCACCGUGUUGAGUAUGCCAGCACAGCUCGAGAGUUCUUGAGGCAGAAUGGCCUUGAACACUUGCUGGAUGCAGAGCAUCGCACGAAGUGUGCAGGGGAGGCCAGAAGACAGCAAGAUGAGCCUGUGGACCUCUCACCAGAGGAGGUCUCGCUGCGGUGCAUCUUUUCUUGCGAGCCCCUGUUGAAAUUAGGUUGUCAGAUUCGCAAGUAG